UUUUAAAGAAACCAUUGUACCAAAAUGAAACAAUUUGGAGAUUUUUGGUUAGACCAGCACGAAUUGCGAAACAAACAACAGAUAUCAUUCAUCGCUGUCCAAAGCAUCAUCAAAUGCGAUGAAAUUAGGUCAUCACAUUUAUAUACUCCCGUCCUUCUCUCUACCCACUUACUCUUGUAUUCGAUCGUUUCCACCAUCCCCGAUCAAUCUCAAUCUCUCCUUCCCAGUAAGAAAACGCGCAACGAUUCGCAGUAUGAGCGACUCAAUCGUAGUGCCUCAAAGGAGAAGCCUUUACCCUCCAAUCGAGCCGUACAACAACGGGAUUCUAAAGGUUUCAGAUACUCACACACUCUACUGGGAGCAAUCAGGAAACCCAGAUGGCCACCCAGUUGUGUUUCUUCAUGGAGGUCCAGGAGGAGGAACAUCUCCUAAUAACAGGAGAUUCUUUGAUCCUGAGUUUUACCGGAUUGUUCUCUUCGACCAGGUCUCGCCGUUUCUUAGAUUUUCUUUUGACACUCUUAACAUUAUUAAAACUCUUUCAUUUGUUUUUUUGUUUUUUUUCUCCUUCCAGAGAGGUGCAGGGAAGAGUACACCACAUGCUUGCUUGGAGGAGAACACCACUUGGGACCUUGUCAAUGACAUUGAAAAACUCAGGGAGCAUUUGAAAAUUCCUGAAUGGCAGGUUUUUGGUGGAUCUUGGGGUAGCACUCUAGCACUUACUUACAGCCAGUCCCACCCUGAUAAGGUUACUGGUUUGGUCCUUAGAGGGAUCUUUCUGAUUCGGAAGAAGGAGAUUGAUUGGUUUUACGAGGGUGGUGCUGCUGCUAUAUAUCCUGAUGCAUGGGAGGAGUUCAGAGAUCUUAUUCCAGAAAACGAGAGAGGUAGCCUUGUGGAUGCAUAUCACAAAAGACUCAACUCCGAUGAUCUGGAAACUCAAUAUGCAGCUGCGAGAGCUUGGACUAAAUGGGAAAUGAUGACUGCUCAUCUUCUUCCAAAUGAUGGAAACAUUCAAAAGGCAGAAGAUGAUAAGUUUUCAUUGGCGUUUGCAAGGAUUGAAAACCACUACUUUGUUAACAAGGCGUUCUUUACCUCGGACUCAUACUUGCUGGAGAAUAUUGAUAAAAUAAGACAUAUCAAGACCACCAUUGUUCAGGGAAGGUAUGACGUAGUUUGUCCUAUGAUGUCUGCUUGGGAUUUGCACAAAGCAUGGCCAGAGGCAGACCUCAAGAUUGUUGGUGAUGCUGGACACUCGGCAAAUGAGCCUGGAAUCGCAGCAGAACUGGUGGUUGCAAAUGAAAAGAUGAAAGCUCUUGUGGGAUGAAAGGAUUCGAUGGACUGCGUUCAUAUCUUAGGGACUUGUGUUCAUUUUUUCAAGUUUUUUGCUGCUAAGUAACAUCACAUUCACAGACGCAUGAGCAUUCACAUAGUUUGUUUUCAACGCGAACCAAAUGUUUUUAUCACAAAAUCUAAUUUAAACGAGUCUCUGAUUA